AUGUCCUUUUCUACACCUGCAGCACUAGUUGCCCCAAGAACAUGGACUCGCAAGGACAGUGAAUUCUUCAUCUCCAAUGACCCCGCAUACAUCUCCGUAAAGGAAGUGAACCAUGCUUUCGGAAUGGACUUCAUAUAUUGGGCUAAACCCCUCCCAGAAGAUGUUCUUCGCCAAAUACUUGCAGGCUCUAUGAGCUUUGGAGUCUACAAACGACUUCCACCUUCAGAGUCUGGCAAAGAAAGAACCGAGCAGGUUGGUCUCGCGCGAAUGAUAACAGACAGUACUACUUUUGGUUAUCUAUCAGAUACAUAUGUUCUUCCUGAGUAUCAAGGUCAUGGACUUGGAAAGUGGCUUUUCAAUUGCGUCACGGAGGUCUUCUCGGCUGAGAACAUGCCCUAUCUACGGAGAAUUAUGCUGUUGACUAGUGAGAAAAAAACACAAGAAUUUUAUACCAAUGCAUUUGGAGUGAAGGUUGUUGGGCAUGAGGAGCGGCCGGAUAUGGGGAAAGACUUGGUCUUUAUGUGUGCGAGACCAGGUGCUGAAUUAUGA